AUGACGUCGUUGGAGGUUCCCGAGGCGCAGCUACCGCCCGUGCUGAGGUUUCAAGACACGGCGUGUCCCACUCCCGGAUUCAUCGACUAUAACAUCCAUUUCGCCGCCACCGAUUUAUUGCCUGACCGCCAGAAACUGAUCCACUGGCCGCUCCUGCAACUGAAGGCGGUGUUCCAUUCGACCUAUCUUCACGUGGGUGGCGAGCUGAAACAUAUUCCGUUACACAUUAAUCGGUACUAUCACCAAGUGGCCACUAAGGAUAAGCUAGCCGACGAACUGGGCAUUGGCGCUAAUAUCAAUGCUUUAGCCAAAGAACGCGGAGCAUUGGGGCUGGCAUUCACUCAAUUGAUCACUCCUAGGGGGACUAAAGCGUUAUUUGGACUGGGAAGUCAUAAUUUGAAGGAGGAAUCGCCGUGGGUGCUGGCAGUGCUUGAACUGCUGGGUACUCUCGCCCCCAAAGUGUUAGUGCUGGUAAACACUAAUAUUUUCAACGUGAUCAAUUUAAACGCAGCGGAAGAGUAUGCUGGCACUCGAGAAAUCGUUACUACGAGGCCAUUAUUCCCGUUCCAAGCGGCUAACGUUGAUUACCGCAAAAUCAUCGAACACAGCUAUGCUCGCGUCGUCUUCACUCACACCGUGACGGCAAUGUGGGCCGAGAACCUGACGGUGAUUAUUGGCUUCGUCACGGGAGACAUCCUCAUCCUCGAUUUACAGACUUUGACAUAUAACACGUUGCCUCACGUGGGGAACGCCCUGGCUCUGCUGGCAGACCCGGCGCUGGUUACGGCGCUCCAGGUGUUCCACCACCCGCAAUUGGCCCAGCCGUUUAUCAUUGCUGGCUACGCUAACGGUGAGGUAGCGAUCUUUGACCCCUCCGCUCCUGAAACUGAGUAUGCGCGAGAUAUCGUCGGUACCGACCCUUACAUCACUUAUUUCCGCAAAUUCGACCUAUCGUCAUGGGCGACGAGGCCGAGACUGAUGGUGGUGGGCCACUUAAAGCUCUCCUACCACCAUAUCACUCUGAUCGCUACCACCAUGACUACCCCCUCUGGCACUACUAGUCAAUCGGGAAUAUCCCCUUUACUAAUAGCCAUUGGCGGUACCGACGGUGUCAUUCAUAUUAUCGAUCUAAUGUUCACUCUGAACAUGGAGUACGGCGUCCACUCACCAGUGCUGAGCCCCGUGGUCACCGAUGUCGUCACCAACUACUUUAAUGACCACGUCUCCCAGGUCAAAUUCACUCCUGAUAAUAAGUUCUUGGUGGUGGCAGGACUGCUGGACUUAGUGGAAGUGUUUAAGAUGACCUAUUACAAUGUGGAUAGUCUCCUUAACCAACGCCAACGACCCGCUAAAGGGGGGCGUUCCCGGAGCAAUACGGCCCUGCUGGUACAAACUACGGGGCUGGUCCACCCCGAUACCCCUCGCUACCCUCCCACCAUCAAAUCUAUCGACGCUGUCGCCCGCUUCAAAGGACACACCAACAUCGUCCACCGCGUCGAUAUCAUCCCCGGCCUGGCGCCGAACUGCUACAAAAUCGUCCUGGCAGGGUGGGACGGCAAAUUGAUGGUGUGGGAGUUUGACUAUAAGGCUUUACCCAAAUUAAAAAGGAAGGUGACUAGUGAACCGCGGGCUCGGCGAAUGCUGCGCCACCGCAGUGGCCACCUGCCCCUGCCGCUCCACUUACGCACACGCUCUGAAGAUGGCGGUACCUCGCCAGUGUACCCGUUAAACAACGUCACUAACGUAAAUAACAUGGCGCUGAUGCUCCACCCGCUGGGGGCAGAAUCGCAGGUGCUGCUGGUGGAAGCACCGCCGGAAGUGGUGCUGCUGGUGUACAAGCUGUUGUUUGAGCUCAGACACAAGCGCCAUUAUAAGCUGGCGGUGAAGAAACAUCGGGUGAUCGUCCACAGCGUCGCCGACUGUAAACUGGUGCCGAUGCUCGAAGUGGCGCUUGUCGACUUGGACCUCUCUCGGUUAGUACCUGAUGGCAAAAUCGACAAUUUCGAGGUGACGCCGUACUCGAUCUGGUGCUUUACUAUGGGCGGCGACAUCUAUCGCUACCGCAUCGAACAAUCUCAAACGUAA